UAGUUUUGUAAUAAUAAACAAGAGGCAUUUAUUUUUUAAAAUUCUUAAUAUGUCAAAUGCACGUUCUGCUCGACUAGCACGUGAAAUUAAGAAUUUUGAAACGAAAUCUCCUUGGGGAAUUAAGUGUUCUCCUGAAAAAGAGGAUGUUUACGAUGUUCUAACAGUAAAUAUGCAAGGUCCAAAGGGAUCGCCUUAUGAGAAGGGUAUGUUUAAACUUAUUGUCGACAUACCUAAACGAUAUCCAUUCGAACCUCCUCGGGUAAAGUUUGUUACGCCAAUUUAUCAUCCAAACAUUGAUAAAGAAGGCAGAAUAUGUAUGGACUUGUUGAAAAUGCCACCGAAUGGGGCCUGGGUGCCAACCAUUACCUUGGAGAACUUACUAAUCUCCUUACAAACAUUAAUGGCAAAUCCCAAUCCGCACGAUCCACUUAUGAUGGAUAUUGCAAAUGAAUACAAAAUAGAUAUAGAAAAGUUCAAUGAAAACGCAAGAAGAUGUACUGAAAAAUAUGCUACUGGUAAACAGAUGUAACUCUGAAUGAAUCUUCAAACAUUUUUGUCUUAUCUUGCAUUCAAAUAUCUUGGCAGAGCAUAGCACAUGUUGGGCAGAACUCAAUUUAGCUGACAGGAGGCAUACUGUGCUGUUGAUGACCUUGAGUCAUCAAAAAGAUUAAUACCUAAACUGGGUUAAAUCUAUUUACUUCAAAUUAUGCAGAAGUGUUGCUUAAAUUUAACUAAUGAAGAAUGGAAUGCUUAGAUAUAAAUUUUUCCCCUUACUAUGUGAUUCCUACAUCAAAUUCCCAUCCCCUUCCCAUUCUUUCCUUAUAAGAAAAGGGAAGAUGAUUAAUAUUAGGUCUCCGGCACUAUAGUCACACCUGUCUGUUGUAUGUUCAUGGUAUUUCAAUGGGUGAGCGGGCUUAUUCAUGCAACAACUGUUGACACUAGUGUCUACCACUG